AUGGACCUCAAGCUCAAGCUCAGGCCAAACUUUUUUUUCUCCUUUCUGAUUUUCAUCUUUCUUUUCCAAAAACCCGAUUUGGGAUCAGCAUCUGGUCCUAAAUGUAUAUCCACAGAGCGCCAAGCUCUUCUCACCUUCAAACAAUCACUUACCGAUCCUUCUGGUCGACUCUCUUCUUGGUCCGGACUUGACUGCUGCAAAUGGCGCGGUGUUGGCUGCGACCGCAGAACCAGCCACGUCAUCAAGAUUGAUCUCAGAAACCCAAAUCAAACACUUAGGCCCUAUGACCAUUGGGAGGUGUAUGAUAUGGGUGGCUUGGGGGGUAAGAUAAAUCCGUCUUUGACCCGUCUCAAGUUCUUGAGUUAUUUGGACCUGAGUUCAAAUGAUUUCAACUUCACGGCCAUUCCCGAUUUUAUCGGCCAGAUGGUUAGUCUAAGGUACCUGAAUCUUUCAUCCUCAACGUUUUUGGGCGAAGUUCCUGGGAGUCUUGGAAAUUUGUCGAAGCUCGAGAUUCUUGAUCUGUACGCUCAGACUUUUAGUAGCGAUGGUCCAAAUUCCUAUACUUUAUAUACUUUGGAGGCAACCAACCUCGGGUGGCUUUCGGGUCUGUCUUCUUCACUGACUUACCUCAACAUGGGGUAUGUGAGUAUGCGCCGUGUCGGUGAAACUUGGUUAGAGGAAUUCAGCAAACUCACGAAGCUGAAGGAGUUGCAUUUGUUCAACUGUGAGCUCAACAAAUUACCUCUCUCUUUGCCUUCCUCUGCCAAUCUGAAGCACCUUGAAGUUCUUGAUUUGUCUCGAAACCCUCUCAGUUCGCCAAUACCCAACUGGCUAUAUGAUCUCACCAACCUCAGAAAGCUAUACCUCCAAGAGGAUAAUCUCGAGGGCUUGAGUCCUUCCGGAUUCAAGAAGCUGAAGCUUCUAAAUACGCUAGAUCUAUCUAAUAAUGGAUUCUCGGGAGAACUUCCAGUGGUCUUUGGAGAUCUUUCUCAACUGAAGUAUCUUGACCUUUCUUUUAACUCUUUCCAAGGUCAAGUUCACAAGUUUCUUGACGCCUUGUCCAAUAACAAAGGAAACAGCUUGGUCUCUCUCCAUCUCUAUUCCAACAAUUUAAAUGGAACAUUGCCUGAGUCGCUUGGAGCGUUGAGGAAUCUACAGAUUCUGGAUCUUUCAGAGAAUUCCUUCACGGGUUCGAUCCCUUCCUUGGUGGGAAACAUGGCGUCACUGAAGGAACUUUAUCUUUCUCGCAAUUCCAUGAAGGGGAAAAUCCCACAAAGCGUGGGGAAGCUUCAACGCUUGGAGACGCUUCAUCUAUCUUUUAACAUGUUUUCUGGUGCCAUUCCACAAAGCUUGGGUGCGAUAUCUACACUGGAAACACUUGCUCUUUCGUAUAAUAAUCUGGAGGGGAGGAUACCUACGAAUCUGAAGUUUAAAGAUCCCUACAUUUACUUUGGAAAUGAGUUACUCUGUGGGAAACCACUUCCUAAAAAGUGUCCAAGGAAGCAGGAGACUGUUAUAGUCAAUUAA